CAAUGGACGUAUGAAUAUGGAACCCUAAGCUUAUUUUUCCAUGGGCGACUUAUAAUAGGAAUAUCUAGUCACCUCUACCUCAUGGAACCAGGCAAUGGUACACGAAUUUCAGAAUUUGUUCUCCUGGGACUUUCAGAGGAGCCAGACCUGCAGCCCCUCAUCUUUGGGCUUUUCCUCUCCAUGUACCUGAUCACUGUGUUCGGAAACCUGCUCAUCAUCCUGGCCAUCAGCUCAGACUCCCACCUCCACACGCCCAUGUACUUCUUCCUGGCCAACCUGUCCUUUGUGGACAUCUGUUUCACCUCCACCACCAUCCCUAAGAUGCUGGUGAACAUCGAGACACAGAGCAAAGUCAUAACCUAUGAAGGCUGCAUCACACAGAUGUACUUUUUCCUACUCUUUGGAGUGUUGGAUGACUUCCUCCUGACUGUGAUGGCCUAUGACCGCUUUGUGGCCAUCUGUCACCCCCUGCACUACACGGUCAUCAUGCAUCCCCGGCUCUGUGGACUUCUGGUUCUGGUGUCCUGGAUCAUGUGUGUCCUGAAUUCCUUGGUAGAAAGCUUAAUGGCAUUGCAACUGUCCUUCUGUACAGACUUGGAAAUCCCCCAGUUUUUCUGUGAACUCAAUCAGAUGGUACAGCUUGCAUGUUCCGACAAUUUUCUUAACAUAAUGGUGAUGUAUUUCUUAGUCGGGCUGCUUGGUGGUGGUCCCCUGGCUGGGAUCAUUUACUCUUACUAUAGGAUAGUUUCCUCCAUACGUAGAAUGUCAUCAGCUCUGGGGAAGUAUAAAGCAUUUUCUACCUGUGCAUCUCACCUCUCGGUUGUCUCCUUAUUUUAUUGUACAGGUCUAGGAGUGUACCUCAGCUCUGCUGUGAGCCACAGCUCACACUCAAGUGCAACAGCCUCGGUGAUGUACACUGUGGUCACACCCAUGCUGAACCCCUUCGUCUACAGUCUCAGGAACAAAGACAUAAAAGGGGCUCUGAAAAGAUUCUCUGGUAUAUAAGCUUUUCUAAGGCCAACUAUGCCAACUGUGAUCAAACAAUAUGAUAAAUUUAAAAAAUUAUUAUAGUAAACUAAAGACACAUUGCCAUUAAUUCCCCACAAAAUACUCACCUUCACUUCAAAAGUAC